UUGGACUGAUGAAAGCGACUUAUCAUGCAUGGUUUGUUGAAAACGCACCAGCAAAGAUUACUGCUGCACUCGACCCUCCGCAUCCUCCGACGGACCCUUCGCCUCCACUUGCCCGGCUGGCAGUUCAAAUGAAUUGGAACCGUCUUGCGACAGACCCUACACCUCCACCGCAUCCUCCAACAGACCUGCGUCCCGGGACAUACCCUUCAGCCUCCACUUGCACCGACAGACCCUCUGUGUCCUCCGACAGACCCUUCGCCUCGACUUGCACCGACGGACCCUCUGCGUCCUCUGACGGACCCACCGCGUCCUCUGACGGACCACUCAGGAGCCCGAAGAACAACGCAGAGGAGGAGGUAGAGGACAAGGACAUGGAGGAGAUGCUAGUAGAGGAACCGGACACAGGAGGAGGAGGUAGAGGACCGCCGCAUGGAGAUGGAGGAGUAGGGAGAAGAGCAGGACACAGAGGAGAGUGCGGAAGGUGUGUACAUUGUGUAUCGUUAGAACGACAUAGAAAAAGGCAAAAUACCGCUACGUUGCGCAAGAACUUUGCUUUGCCGAGGGCGUCCAAAACCCUCCCGCCGAUGGUGUCCCAUCUUGACAAGAUCAGUGACACUUCCGUAGAAGACGGGAUCAGGAGGGACAUCCAGGACCCUUCCUCACUCCCACCUGCCAGUGAUUUCAUGGCCCCAUCCUCCUCUGAGCCUGGUGCUGCUCCUUCCACCCUUGUGACACAGUCAAAAACCUGCCAGAGAGGUCGUGGCCCCAUCUGCCGCUGACAGACCCUCCGCGUCCUCCGACAGACCCAUCUCCUCCACUUGCCCGCAUGGCAGUUCAAGUGAAUCGGAACCGUCUUGCGACAGACCCUUCACCUCAACCGCAUCCUCCAACAGACCUGCGUCCUGCCACCUGCGACGCAGGUCCGACUGGGUCUGAGGGCAUCCUUACCCUGUUGGUUUUGAAAAGGCAGAGGAGGAGUCUCUCUUCUGUUCGGCUUCAGACUUGUCUCUCUUCUGUUCGGCUUCAGACUCACAGGGCCGCUCCUUAGGCAGAGGAGGUGUGGAGGAGUCUCUCUUCCGUUCAACUCGUCGAACAAACUCGCCGUCCCUCGGCUGUAAGAACUGUGAGUUACUCGUUGAUACUUUUAAGAUCACUGCUCACUGUAUGUUAGUUUGAAUAUAGUGUGUAUUUUUACUACUUGAGCUCUGGGCAGGACCUAACAUUGAAGGGACCCACACCCAGGAACCGGGUUUAGGAAUUUGUCUUGAUUUGUCUUUGAAUUUGAGCCUUUCCCAACUCCGACGACUCCCACGCCUCUUUGAAGUAUUCGGGGAGCUCGAGGCACUCAGAGCCACUGGAAGUGUGAAAGAAGGUUUCUGCCUCUAGUCCUCCCUCAAUGCGAGACCGGAGACAGUUGUAUCUGAGGAACCGGGCGUACUCCUUUUGUGGCAGCAGUUUUUGCUUCGACCUCUUUCCGCGCCAUGUUGAGCACCCCGUCACCGCCACGAUGUAACCACUCAGGAGCCCGAAAAACAUCCUCUGCCUUUUUUUAUCUGCAGGGGUUUUCUCAAGAGAAUCUGUAAGAGCACAGUCCCACCUGCCAGUGAGGUCGCAGCCCCAUCCACCGCUGACAGACCCUUUACGUCCUCCGACAGAGCCUUCACCGACAGACCCUCCGACGGACCCUUCGCCUCCACUUGCCCGCAUGGCAGUUCAAGUGAAUCGGAACCGUCUUGCGAAAGACCAUUCACCUCCACCGCAUCCUCCAACAGACCUGCGUCCUGCGACAGACCCUCCGCCUCCACUUGCACCGUCCCCUUUCCACUAGCGUGACACCGUCGACUGUGACAAGGCAGAGGAGGAGUCUCUCUUCUGUUCGGCUUCAGACUUGUCUCUCUUCUUUUGGGCUUCAGACUUACAGGGCCGCUCCUUAGGCAGAGGAGGUUUGGAGGAUUCUCUCUUCCGUUCAACUCGUCGAACAAACCCGCCGUCCCUCUGCUGCAAGAACUACGGACCCUUUGCGUCCUCCGACAGACCCUUUUCCUCCACUGACAGACCCUCCGUCUCCACUUGCACAGACAGACCCUCUGCAUCCGGUUCCUCUGACGGACCACUCAGGAGCCCGAAGAACAACACAGAGGAGGAGGUAGAGGACCAGGACAUGGAGGAGAUAGUAGUAGAGGAACGGGACACAGGAGUAGGAGGUAGUGGAGAAGCAAGAGCAGGACACAGAGGAGAGUGCAGAAGGUGUCCAUAUUUUCAGAACAACAUGGUGACACUGUACGUUCAAAAGGCAAAGGACCAUUACAGUGCGAGAGAACUGGCGUUGCUGAGGGCGUCCAAACCCCACCCGACUAUGGUAUCCCAUCUCGACGAGAUUGAUGAAGCUGUAAUAGAAGAGGGGAUCAGGAAGUUGGAGGACCCUUCCUCAGUCCCACCUGACAGUGCAGGGAUGGUUUUCCACCGACGGACCCUUGGCCUCCACUUGCACCGACGGAUCCACCGCGUCCUCCGACAGACCCUCGGCAUCUGCGCUUUCUUUCAGCAUGAACCGGCCGUCCCUCGGCUUCGAGAACUGUGCAGGGAUGGUUUUUCCACCGACGGACCCCUGGCCUCCACUUGCACCGACGGAUCCACCGCGUCCUCCGACGGACCCUCGGCAUCUGCGCUUUCUUUCAGCGUUUCGUUCUCCUCGGCCUCCUCUCGGCCGCCUUGCAGCUCAGAGGAUCCCGCGGUCCGCAGCAGUGCGGAGUCGUUUGACCUGCGAGUCGACCGAGAGGAGGCCGGGGAGGCGGUCGUCUCUGUCUGGAAAAAGUGCACGUGCAAUAAAUAAAGAUGAAAAAAACAAUGGUGUUUUUUCAAUUGAGCGUUUGUCAAUGAAUAAAGUUCUUUUAAAUUGUG